AUGCAAAAAUACUAACGUCAUCUGAUACCCUAUUUCAAAGGCAACCUUCUAAAUGAAGCGAAUAGAGAAAAAGAAAAAAUAGAUAUUAAAAAAAUGAAAAAUCAAUUAUACACUGCUCUCUCCCAACCUAGAUAGUCUAAGAUUGAUAAGCGAUUAUUGAAAUGCAUUGAACUAAAGAAAGAUGAAGACUUGCUCUAUUAGAAAGGCAGCAUCAUUAUUGAUUAAGAGAGAAUUCAUUCACGAGAUAAUAUAAGCAUUAGAACUGUCAAAAUUGAAGGCAGGAAAGGUUCAAAAAUAGAAUAUGAAAACUCUUUAAUUAAUAGCUAUUCAAGUGCUUCCAUUAAAGAUAACAAUUUCGUGACAUCAAUCGAUCAAAUGUCAGAUCUCUUUGAUGAUAAGAAUAUGCAAAAUAGAAAAAGAUAUUAGCGAUAUGAUACAUUUUCGAAAUGA